AUGAAUGUAAACAACUCGCAUUUAGAGAAUGUGAAUACAGUUAUAAUGGCGAGCGAUAUUUCCUUGAGUGAACAUAGUAUAUCAGAUGCGGAAGAAGAGCCUUACAGAGAAGAGAACUUAGUACAAUCUGGAAUGCAAGAAGACCAAUUUGGGAGGGAAAAAGGGGAUAGGGGGGAGAAUUUUGUCGAGGACGAUGAUGAUAAUGAGGGAUUUAGUCAAAAGCAAAGAGAAAAGAUUAAAACCACAACUGAAGGAGGAUAUUGA